UAUAAGAUGUAGAUGUAACAAGAUUUGCCUGCACAUUGAAUUUUCAGCAGAUUAUCCAUUGACAUGGUCGUGGGAUUAGCUCAGUUGCUGUUCCCAAUCAGAUCGCCUCACUAUUCUCUAUAAAAUGGGGCAUCAUCUGGCUGAGUGUGUUUAAUAGUAAAAGGGCGUCGCUGAAUAUCGGAUCAUGAAACUUACAUUCCUCUCGUUCGUCUCUCUCGCCUUGCUGCUGUGCUCGGCGCAGGCGCAAAAUGGCGGCGGCGGAGAAGCCAGUGGAGGUGCUCAGGCUGGUUUUAACGUGGGCGCAGGAGCCGCUGCUCAAGGAGAAGGUGCAGGUGGCCAGGGUGCUGGCGAAGCCGAGGGUGGAGCUGGAGCAGGUGUGGGUGCUGGCAUGAACGCAGGAGCUGGAGCGGAAGGUGGUGCUAAGGGUGCAGGCGGCCGUUAGGAAAUGCCAGCAGACCUCUCUCUCUCUCUCUUUGUUUCUUUGGACUUGGCUUUGCCCCCUGUGUUGUAUAAUUGAAAAGAAAUUGUUGACGAUUUAGUUGUUAUUGUUUGCACGGUACAAACACGCACACACACACUCACACACAAACACACACACACAGUCUUACACAAGCAUACACACCUCGAAUGCAUUGGCGCCAGACCGUUUAUUGAUCAACAUCGACCAUUAGACCGGCAGCGUCGAGGUGUGCUUACUGUGAGGCUCAGUGUCAUAAUUGAUUUGGAACCGCAAGUCGAGGCACCGUUCCCGUCGCACGUAAUUCAAUUCGGGUGAAAAUCGGCGUACUUCAAUAGAUAGCAAACACAAAUUCGUUGGCAACUAAAUUCCAUUUAAUGCCAUUUUAUGAAACGCACUUCAGAUCGAAAACAAGUGACAGGGUCGCCGUCGUCGCUUUGUUGUUUUUGUUGUUGUCACCAACAACAACACCACCACCUCUACUAAUCAGUUUGAGAAUCUAAGCAGUAGAGUCAAAAAUAGAAUAAUCAUCAUUAAUGUUAAAAAUAAGUACCGGUGUGCAUAUAAACAAAUACAUUGAAACAAUUUCCUCAUACAUCAAAUGAAUAAAUAAAUAUACAGUCCUAUGAACAAUUU